GGCCUGCAUCUAGGGGCGGGGCCACGCCCGGCUGUGUGCGCCGUUAUGGACGGCCUCGGGAAGCCUCUAGUCGCUGUCGCGGCCGCGGGCUCGGUACUCACCGCCUUCUGUUAUUCGCUUUACCACCGCAAACAGGUCACUGCCCGUUCCCUGCAGGAUGCAACAAAACUUCAUUUAGAUGAAAAUCUGAAGACUGUUCUGAUGAAUGCACCGGGAAAGUGCCUUCCCUACGCGGUGAUAGAAGGUGCAGUUAAACCUGUCAAAGAAACCCUGAAUAGCCAGUUUGUGGAGGGUUGCAAAGGAGUUAUACAACGGCUUGUUUUACAGGAACAUAAAAUGGUGUGGAACCGAACUACCCAUAUCUGGAAUGAUUGUGAAAAGAUUAUUCAUCAAAGGACUAACACUGUACCCUUUGACCUUGUGCCUACUGAUGGUAAUCCUGAUAUCUCAGUUAGGGUGAUAAAACCCUUGGACUCCUCUGAACUGAACCUAGAAACUAUGUAUGAGAAAUUUCACCCUGUAGUACAAACAUUUACUGAUAUAAUUGGUCAUUUCAUCAGUGGUGAGCGACCAAAGGGAGUCAAAGAGACCGAAGAAAUGCUGAGAGAUAAGGACAUUAUAACUGGAGUUGGAGAACUUGUAUUGGACAGUAACAUUAUUAAGAUACAGCCUCCAAAGCAAGGACUCCAGUACUACUUAAGUCGACUAGACUUUGAGUCUCUUGUUCGAAAACAGGAGUCCAAGGCAAAGCUAUGGAAAAUCCUGACGAUGGUGUUUGGAAUUACAACAUGUAUAAGUUUAUUUUUCAUAUUACGGCAACAGUAUAAACGUUACAUAAGGGAACAGGAACAGUCAAGGCUGCAGAGAGAAAUGCUGGCAGUGAAGAAGCAGCGUUUGCAGGAGCUUGACUUGACAGAAGAACAAAUCCCACAAAAUGCAUGUGCCAUCUGUCUAAGCAAGGAACGUUCCUCUGUGUUUCUGGAGUGUGGACACGUCUGCUCUUGUACUGAUUGUUAUGAGGCCUUACCUAUACCUAAGAAAUGUCCUAUUUGUCGAAAUGUUAUCUCCAGAUUAGUCCCAUUGUACAAUAGUUAAAUAUUCACUUUUUUUACCAGCACUUUGUGAAAUGAAAAUGCAUGUUGUUAGGAAAUUACACUGGGGUUGAAAGGUUAAAAACAAUUUGUGUAAGAUUUUAUGUAAGAUGCAUAUACUUAUAAAUGUGGUUAUUCAUUUUC